GGGCUGGACCUGGACCGGCCCAAGCGGACGCGGACGUCCUUCACGGCGGAGCAGCUCUACCGCCUGGAGCUGGAAUUCCAGCGCUGCCAGUACGUGGUGGGCCGGGAAAGGACGGAGCUAGCGCGGCAGCUCAACCUCUCCGAGACCCAGGUCAAGGUGUGGUUCCAGAACCGCCGCACGAAGCAGAAGAAGGACCAGAGCAGGGACUCUGAAAAACGCUCCUCCGGCACCUCCGAGUCCUUCGCCACCUGCAACAUCCUGCGGCUGCUGGAGCAAGGCCGCCUGCUGUCCGUGCCGGCUCCUCCGAGCCUGCUGUCCCCCGCCUCCAGCCCCGCGGGCAGCGGCAGCGGCCUGGCCACGCCGGGCCCCGCGUCCCCGGGGCUGGCGGGCGGCAGCAGCCCCCCGGUCCCGCCGGCUUUCGGCCUGCACCUCCCUUCUCUCGCCUCUUCCUCCUCAUCCUCAUCGUCCUCGUCGUCGCCGCGGCUGCCGGGGAGGCCGCUGAGUUUUGGGGGGCCGCUGCUGGGCAGCCUGCACGAUCUGCCCGGUGCCUACGGAGCGGGAGCGUCCGCCUUCGAGCCUUACACGCGGCUGGAGAGGAAGGACAAUUCUAUAGCCAGCAAGAAGCCGAGCUCUUAAAACCCACCCCAAAAAACAAAAACCCAUCCAAUCUCUCCCUCCCUCAAAGUGUCAAAAAGCUGUGUCACCUCACUCCCCUCCCAUCCCAAUCCUGAGUUGUCCCAGCCCGGAAUUCCCGGAAUUCCAUGCCCGUGGGAACGGCGGCUCCCCGCUGCUGGAGCCUCGGGUGUCCCCCAGAGGUGGCUCGGGGUGGGUUUUGUGUCACCAAAAAGCUCCGGGGGGCAGGAGCAGCCUGAGGGGGGACGGGGAUGUCCCUUCCCUGGGGGACAAAAGGGACAGCGCGAGGUUCUGUCCCCGCCGUGGCCUCGGAGAAGCGCCGUGCCUCAGUUUCCCCGCCCGCGCCGUGUCCUGGCUGAGGUCACCGCGGGUGCUCCGGGGGGGGUUUGUCCUCCGAGGGUGGCUCCGGUGGCCUGGGUGAUGUCCCCAACCCCGCCGGUUGUCCCCGCGAUGGGGACAAGCCACCCCUGGGACAUCCCCAGGCUCCUGCAGACCCCAAAAACCUCCCCGGGGUCCCUUUUGGGGCCGCCCCACCCUGAAAAACCCCCCCGGGACCCCCCCGAGGUGUCCCAACCCCGCCAGGGGACAGCAGUGACAGUGGCACCUCAAACCCGCUCUGGGGUGGCACCGCGGUGGCGCCACCCUGGCACCGCCACACCCCCCCCGUGUCACCCUGUCACAGCCAGGUCCCUUCCCAGGGCUGCUGUGUCACCCCCAGGGUGACAGUGGCUUCCCGCGGGGCUGGCCGUGGGGCUGGGGACAGCGGGGACUUUGCAGGAGGUGGCCUUUGGGGAGAGUGGCAGCACCCUGAGGUGUCACCACCUUGUCCAGGACACCUUGGGGUGGCAUCACUUUGUCAUCCUGCGAUGGCAUUGUCACCCUGAGGUGUCACCACCUUGUCCAGGACACCUUGGGGUGGCACCACCUUGUGCAGGUGUCCUGGGGUGGCAUCACUUUGUCAUCCUGUGAUGGCACUGUCACCCCGGGGUGUCACCACCUUGUCCAGGACAUCCUGAGGUGGCAUCACCAGGUACCCCACGAUGUCACCACCUUGUCCAGGACAUCUUGGGGUGUCACCACCUUGCCAGGACAUGUGGAGGUGGCACCACCUUGUCUGGGUGUCCUGAGGUGUCACCACCUUGGGGUGUCACCACCUUUCCUGGACAUCCUCGGGUGCUAUCACUUUGUCAUCCUGUGAUGGCAUUGUCACCCUGAGGUGUCACCACUUUGGCCAGGUGUCCUGUGGUGUCACCACCUUGUCCAGGACACCCUGAGGUGUCACUGCCUUGGCCAGGUGUCCUGAGGUGCCACCACCUUGCCAGGACAUGCAGAGGUGGCACCACUUCAAGUGUCCUGGGGUGCCACCACCUUGUCCAGGACACCUUGGGGUGUCACCACCUUGUCCAGGUGUUCCUGUGGUGUCACCACCUUGUGUAGGACACUCUGUGGUGGCAUCACCAGGUACCCCACGGUGUCACCACCUUGUCCAGGUGUCCUGAGGUGCCACCGCAUGCAGA